AGCCAGCUACGGCACUACCGCACUAUGGUCCUACGUUCGGCUGAUCUCCACGACCUCAGUGCUGCUUGCGCAUCGACCAAAGGGCAUUGUUGGGUUUUACGACAAAUUUAGGCUUGGAUACGAGGUAGCCACACUGGUCGUUUAUUUUUUUUUGUUUCCUGGCCUCACCGUUUUGAAGCGUUUGACUCUUCACCACAGCGAACCGAGAGCUUCUAAACUUGAGGGUCCAUCUCCCAGGGGCACAGAAGUGGAGACGGGCGCAUGAUGUCCGCCGACGGCCACCCCAGCCCCCGCACCCUGCUGGUGCAGAUGUCGGCGGGGGGCCUGCCCACGUGCCGCAUGCUGACCAAGGACGAGGGUCAGGACGAGGAGGAGGAGGUGGUGACCGGGAUGGUGACCACGGAGGCGGUGUUGCUGCCCGAUGACCAGGAAGGAAUGCAGUUCGAGGGGACGGUGGUGGAGACUGUUGAGGAAGUGGAGGACGAGGAGGGGCUGGACGAAGAGUCGAUGGGCUCUGGCGUCGCCAUGGACGACGGCGGCGCAGCGCUGCUCUGCAAGAUGGAGUCAUCCGAGAAGGGGGGAGAGAUCUGGGUGCUGGGCGACAUCAUCACUGUGGACGAGCAGACCCGCUGCCUGCUGGGCGACGGCGGGCCGGAGGGUGGCGAGGUCUCGACAGAGGGCAUGCUGGGCGGACCCAAGCAUGGCUGCGCCGACUGCGGCAAGGAGUUUACGACUGUGUUCCACCUGCGGCGCCACCGGCGCAUCCACACGGGGGAGCGGCCCUACCCGUGCAAGGUGUGCGGCCAGUGCUUCCGGCACAGCACCUCGCUCAAGGUGCACAUGCGGAGGCACACUGGGGAGGAGCCCUUCAUGUGCACCGUCUGCAACAAGACCUUCAAGGACCCCGCCAACUUCAAGGUCCACCAGAACUCGCAUUCGAAGGAACGUCCGUACGCGUGCCGGGUGUGCGAGAAACGCUUCAACGCGGCCUCAACGCUGUACGCCCAUAUGAAGAUCCACACGGGGGAGCGGCCGUACACGUGCAACAUCUGCAACCGUUCCUUCACCUUCAACAACACCCUGGUGCGCCACAUCCGCACCCACACGGGCGAGAAGCCUUACAAGUGUGAGCUGUGCCCGCUGCGCUUCUCGACGGCUUCCAACCUGUCCUCGCACCGCAAAAAGCACUCGCAGGAGCGCCAGUUCCACUGCGACAUCUGCCCGCAGGAGUUUGCUACGGCCACGGCGCUGGCCUCGCACUCCAAGACCCACACGGGCGAGCACUCGCAUCAGUGCGAGGUGUGCUCGCGGGGCUUCGCCAAGUUUGCGGGGCUCCAGGCCCACAUGCGCAAGCACACGGGCGAACAGGCCUUCGUCUGCGCCCUGUGCAGCAAGGCCUUCCCCAAGAAGCUGCACCUGAGGCAGCACAUGUCGGCGGAACACGAGCCGACGCGACCCGCGGCGACGUGCGAAGUGUGCAAGCGUGACUUUUCGGACGUGGAGGGGCUUCGGGUGCACAUGAAGACUCACAACGUGUCGCGGGGAACCAGCGCCAUCGUGGUGUACAUUAACAAGAAGUGAGGACGGGGACGCUUGUUUGACCCUCCAGCUUGCCUCCGGGGAGGCCCAGACGCCAUCGUUUGCAAUUGUCGUAUUUGCAACACGCAAUAAAAGAGUCGGGUUUUGCCGCCUGGCGGUGCAGCUUCCCCGCCGCUCUGUUUGGAGAUGGCGGGGUGUUGGGGCAUCUGCUUGGCUGGAUGCUGUUUAACAGGAGUCUGUUUACUGGUUUGUGCAUUGUUGGGGUGUGUGUGUGCAUGUGUGAGUUGGUAUUUUUUUUUCUCCCUUAAUUUGGAACGAUAUGGAUUUCAACUGCUAAUUCAAUUUUAGAUGCCAAUGGAGAAUUGUUUUUUUUUUUUUUUAGAAAUGCAGUUAUUUUGGAGUUGUGUUCAGUAAACAUUCAGAUCUUUCUGGAAUUUUUUGAAGCACUGAUUUUGGAGCUCUUUGACUUCCUACUUCAGAUAUUUUCAGGACGUUAUAAUAAAGCUGAUCUCGGUAAAAAAAAAAAAAUAAGAGGUCAUAAAAAUGUGCCAUUAGUCG